CUGGCAAUGCUCCUGUACACGUGUAUAUUAUUACUGGCGAUAUUAUUUUAUUUGAAAUGGUAUAAAGUGAAGCGAUAUUGGGCGGACCGCGGGGUGACGUACGAGGAGCCACAUCCGGUGCUGGGCAGCCUCACGUUUAUGCAGAAGAUCAACAUUGCGACUUGGAUACGUGAUAUGUACGAUCGUUAUCCCAAGGUGCCAUAUAUCGGCAUAUGGCUGUUCUGGAGACCAGCCCUUUUGAUCAAUUCUACGGAUAUCUCCCGCAGGAUCUUAGUUAAGGAUUUCGAUGCCUUCAGAAAUAGACUUGUAGGGACAAACAUUGAAAACAGUGAUCCAAUCGGAGGACUAAACAUAUUUACAUUGAAUGAUCCUAUGUGGAGUUCCAUCAGACGUCGACUAUCGCCGUUGUUCACAUCGUCUAAACUAAAGUCUUUGCAUCAACUAUACUUUAAUAAAGCGAAAGAACUGGUGCAAAGAAUCAAAAAUGAUCUUAAGAUUAACAAACCUUUGGAACUCAGGAAUUUGUAUGCCGAUUAUACCACAGACAUUAUCGGUAUAGCUUCAUUUGGAAUUCAAAGUGAUACAACGUUGACGAGAGAUAGCCCCUUGAGGGCUAUCACUAGAGAAUUUCAACAAUACAGCAUCCUGAGAGGGCUGCAAUGGUGCAGUAUAUUCUUCCUUCCAGAAAUAGCCAGUUACUUGAGAUUCGUUCUUUUCCCUAAAUCAUCAGUCAGAGUUUUAAGAAGCAUCUUCAAGCAUGUGGUAGCUCAAAGAGGCGGUUACAAUGAUAAAGCAGAAGUUAACGAUUUGCUUGACGCUCUACGUCUGAUAAAGUACGAAGCAGAUAAAAAUAAUGAAGUUAUGGAUGAAGACACAAUGAUCGCGCAAGCUGCUAUCUUCUUGCAGGGUGGAUUUGACACAUCAGCUUCCGCGUUAACUUUUCUUACUUACGAAUUAGCAUACAAUCCAGAAAUACAGGAAAAAAUUUACAAAGAAUUGUCACAAGCAAAACAGGCGCUUGGCGAUAAAGAUUUGGAUGCCCGUGUGUUCAGUGAAUUGGUCUACUUCAAUUGCGCCAUCAAGGAGAUAUUACGGAAGUAUCCUGCGAUGGGAUGGCUGGACAGGAUCGCCGAUAGGGAUUACCAAAUCGAUGAUAAAUUGACCAUUGCCAAAGGAACUAAUAUCUACGUAAACGUGAUGGGGAUGCAACACGACUCCGACCACUAUCCAGACCCGGACAAGUUUAAUCCCGACAGGUUCCUCCCUGAAAACGACGACGGCACCAGACCGUUCAUGCCGUUUGGAGCUGGCCCUCGGAUUUGCAUAGGCAUGCGUUUUGCAUACCACACAAUUUGGUACGCUGCGUCCUCAGUACUGCUGAAGUACCAGAUCCUGCCAAUCCCUGGAACCAAGCCGACUGCGCGGUGUGAAAUUGAUCACAGGGGACUAUUCCUUACACCUGGAAGUGGAACUUAUGUUAAAUUUGUAGCAAGGCAAUAA